AUGGAUGAGUUACAACGUAAUGGUGAGUUUUGUUCCAGACUUAAACAACUAUCACCAGAUAUGAGGAAAUUGUUCCUGGAAACCGUAUCAGAGUUAUAUGAACAAGAAUCAGAACUAAUCAUAGAUAUUAUAGAAGACUGUAGAUAUGAAAUGCAACAAACUGCCUUAAGUUAUAAAGAUGAUUCAGACCAACUUAGAGCUGCUUCUCGGAUGCUCGCUGAAAGAAGGUUUGAAAACGAAAGAACCAAAUCCAGACUGAGUUCAAGUUCAAGGAUGUCUGGAAUAUCUAAUGGUGAUGAAAACAGUAUCAACAUUAGAGAGUAUAAACGUAACAAAAAAUUGGGUAUUACUGGUAGUGAGAGAAGUCCUACCUCUAUGAGUGCUGGUACACUGGCAGACUACUGUCGAAGUCCUGUACCAGCUAGGGCUUUAAGAAAUGGUACUCAGAGUCUACCAGGCACACCCCCACUUCCAAAAUCCUUAGAAGAGGAAACAAAAGCUAUAUUAAGGAAUCUAGAUAAAGCCGACGCCCAAAGAGCAGAGGAAAGAGCAAGACAAGCAGAACGAUUGGAACAAAGAAGAGAAGCUCGUCGAUUACGUCAGCAAGAAAGAACUGCACGUGCUAUGGAAUUAUUAGACGAAGCUUUAAAAAUGGAUAAACUGGUGACUAAAGAUAAACAGAGACAAGAGGCCAAACUUCGUGAAAAGUUGGAGGAAUUAAAACGACGAAAAGGCUUAACACCCACACCUUUACCACCAAUCAAUCAACUAACUGAAGUAGAAAACUGA